AUGGCUUCCUCACCGCCGCCGGCCUCCUCUCCGCCGCCUCCCGGCAAGAAGCUGAAGAUGUCCUCCGCGAGCGCCUCCGACGAGGAAGAAGAAGCUGAGCACCACCAGAACGGUGGCGCGGCGGCGCCGCCCUGCCUUUCCCUCUCUUCCGCCGCUGCCGGCGACGGCGCCGGCGGAGCCAAGCGGAGGCUGAAACGACGGAAAGUGGCCAUCGUCCUCGGGUACUGCGGCGCAGGGUACCAGGGAAUGCAGAAGAAUCCCGGCGCGAGGACCAUAGAGGGCGACCUCGAGGAGGCCCUCUUCCUCUCCGGCGGCGUUCCCGAGCCAGACCGGGGGAUUCCCCGGCGCUACGACUGGGCCCGCGCCGCCCGCACUGAUAAGGGCGUCAGCGCCGCCGGGCAGGUCGUCUCCGGCAGGUUCUAUGUCGAUCCACCAGGCUUCGUCGACCGCCUCAACGCCAACCUCGCCCCGCAGAUCAGGGUCUUCGGGUUCAAGCGGGUCACCGCCUCCUUCAACGCCAAGAAGUUCUGCGAUCGCCGCCGGUACAUCUACCUCCUCCCGGUGUUCGCGCUGGACCCCAACGCCCACCCGGACAGAGAGAGCGUUGUGGCGAGCAUGGGCUCUGAGAAGGAGCUCGCCAAGUGCAUUGAGUGUUCCGAGCGGGGCCGCAAGGUCCCCGGCCUCAUGGGCCGGCCGCCGGAGAAGCCCUGCAAUCGGGUAGAAGAAGACCCCGCCGCAGACUCUGAAUCCAAACCUCCUGCAACGACGGUGGGCAGAAUUGAGCAUGGCGAUGGACCAGAGGGCUCCGCUGAAUCCAUUGAUCCCUCUAUGACCGGACCAAACCCAAAAAUUUCUGCAGAGGACGCUAAGCCGGCCACAGAAGAGCGGAAGGUGGGAGACGAGUCGGAAGCAAAUAUCAGAGUCUCCCACGAGGAGGGAGAAGCGGCAGAAGAUGCUCCGCAGAUGGCCGGGAGAACCAGCGAGUUCCGGUACGGGGAGGAGGAGAGGAAGAGGUUCAAUGCCAUCCUCAAGCGCUACGAGGGCACGCACAACUUCCACAACUUCACGACGAGAACCAAGGCUGAGGACCCCUCCGCACGCCGCUACAUUGUCUCCUUCGACGCCGGCGCGGUGGUCACCAUCGCCGGGAUUGACUUCGUGCGGUGCGAGGUUAUCGGCCAGAGCUUCAUGCUUCACCAGAUUAGGAAGAUGAUCGGGCUCGCCGUCGCCGUCAUGAGAAACUGCACGCCGGAGUCGAUGAUGGAGACGGCGCUGAGGAAGUGCGGAGGAGCUGCAAUCUCUGAAAUUUCCAUCGCCCUGCUCGAUCUUUAAAAACCAUUGCUGACCUGAACUGUUGGUGUGUUUCAGAGACGUGAACGUCAACGUGCCGACGGCGCCGGAAGUGGGGCUGUACCUGGACGAGUGCCUCUUCUCCUCGUACAACCAGAAGUGGAAGGAUUCGCACGAGGCGGUGUCCAUGGAGGCCUACGCUGCGGCGGCGGAGGCGUUCAAGGCCAAGUUUAUAUUUCCCCACAUCGCUGCCAUGGAGGAGAAAGAGGGGGCGGUGGCGCUGUGGCUGCACUCUCUCAAUCGCCGCAACUACCCUGAUUUCCACUUUACGGAGACCGCCUCCGCCGUGGCGGAGAGCAACCCCAAACAGACGGCGACUUGA